AAGGAGAGGGGCCGGCCUUGCCAGGACUAAAGAGGGAGGGGAGGGGAAAAGCAAGAAUCGCCCACCCCGAUCCCAGGCGGAGGGGCGGGAGCAGAGGGUACCCGACCGAGCGAGCAGCGUCUUGGGCUCUGUGCAUCUCUCUGGAGCGGCGCGGGAAGGAUGCUGGGCCGCAGGAACACGCGCGCGGAACGCGGGAUGCCGCGGGGCUGGACUGCGCUCUGCCUGCUGAGUCUGCUGCCCUCUGGAUUCACAAAUACAGAUAACUCGACGACAAUUGCCACAGAGCCACCUACUUCACAAAUACCGUCAGUUGCUCCUGUAAAUGUGUCCAGGAACAACCAGGAAGUCAUAACACCAACUACUUUUGAAAAAAAUACCACCUUGUACACUGUCUCUCAGGACAGCGGUGGGACCACAGCAGCCAUCUCAGAGACUACAGUCAACUUCACAUCUACCUCUGGGACCACCCCAGUUCUUGGAACCACGAACUCCUCUGUCCAGACACAGACCUCUUUAAUCAUCACAGUGUCUUCCACCCCAGCCAACCUUUCAACUUCAGCAAUGACCUUGGAGCCCAGCAUGUCACAUGGAAAUAUUUCAGACCCCCCAUACAGUAGCACCAGUCCUGUGACAUUUCCCACUAAACCUUAUACAUCAUUUUCUCCUACCCCAAGUACCAUCAAGGGAGAAAUCAAAUGUUCUGGAGUCAAAGAAGUGAAAUUGACCCAAGCUAUCUGCCUGGAACUGAAUGAGACCUCCAGCUGUGAGGACUUUAAGAAGGAAAAUGGAGAGGAACUAAUCCAAGUCCUGUGUGGGAAGGACCAGGCUGAGGCAGGGGCCGGUGCAUGCUCCUUGCUCCUUGCACAGUCGGAGGUGAGGCCUCACUGUCUGCUGCUGGUCUUGGCCAACAGAACAGAACUUUUCAGCAAGCUCCAACUUCUCAAAAAUCACCAGUCUGACCUGAGAAAGCUGGGGAUCCAAGACUUCACUGAACAAAAUGUCGGGAGCCACCAGAGUCACUCCCGAAAGACCCUGAUUGCUCUGGUCACCUCGGGGAUCCUGCUGGCUGUCUUGGGUACCACUGGCUAUUUCCUGAUGAACCGCCGCAGUUGGAGCCCCACGGGAGAAAGGCUGGGCGAAGACCCUUAUUACACGGAGAACGGUGGAGGCCAGGGCUAUAGCUCAGGCCCUGGGGCCUCCCCUGAGGCUCAGGGAAAGGCCAGUGUCAACCGAGGGGCUCAGGAGAACGGGACCGGCCAGGCCACAUCCAGAAACGGCCAUUCAGCGAGACAACACAUGGUGGCUGAUACCGAAUUGUGACUCGGCUGGGUGGGACAAAGCUGGGCAAUGUCCUGGAAGGGGCCCUCCCUGCAUCUGGCCACAGGUGGCCUCCCUGCUGGAGGUGCCACCCCUUGCCUUCUAUCCUUUGCCACUGCACAUCCCCCCAUCCCCAAGGCCAUUCCUGGGGCCCUGCACUGCACCAGAGAGGGGUUCUCUCCACCUUGGGGAGAGGCAGGUAACCCUGCCCCUUAUACAUUCAGCUUCCUGAACCCAGACUCUGGUCUUCCAAAGCACCCCCACCACAAGCCGCCUCUGUUGCGGGUGACCCAGGUCCUCGUUUUUGUCUUUUUCCAGAGGGGUGAGCAGGGAUCCUGAUUUCAAUGACGGUUGGAAAUAGAAAUUUCCAGAGAUAGGAAGAUUGGGUGGAUUUUUUUCUGAAUAAAAAAUGGUGUGUAAAUAAUGUAAUUAAAGUGAUAGUGAAACACA